ACACUACCAUAGGUAGCUGUUUAUUGUUGAUUGAGCUGCAUCGGACUAGUAGUAUAAGAAUGCCAGAGCCAUGGUUGGUAGGUGUCCCAGUCUGGUACAUUAAGUCAGAAUUUGCGCAAAGGGAGCGAGCGUUCCUCUUUAGUCACCUGCAUAAUAUUCAUACUAAAGCGCCUACCCCAUGUCUGUGUCACCGGUCACUUACUUGUUCGAUCAUCACCGCAACGCCCCUCCACCCAGCAUAUCUCAACACCGCGGAAUACUACUAUCAGGCGCCUACUCCCAGAGAAAUCCACACAACAUGUCAAUGUUCGGCAGCCUCAAGAAGAAGCUCUCAAGACGAGGCUCAAACCCGCUUUCACAAAAGUCGGCUGAAGCAAACACGUCGACGACGCAGGGUGGCUAUCUAGCUCCUAGCAACAGCAGCUCGUUCACAAACCCAUCGCCCGCAACUCGCCGUCCUAGUAGCUCAUCCACCAAUCCUUUCGCACGACCAGGCGCCAAUGACCCACCUCCAGCAUACACUCCCGGACCAACAGCCCCAGCACUCGUUUCUCGCCAGCCCUCCAUAGGACCAGCCACUGACGAUGACCCCUAUGCCUUCCUCCGGAACUUUGACACCGUCUUCCUCAUCGACGACUCAGGCUCCAUGGCGGGCAGCCGCUGGGGCCAAGUGGAGCAAGCCCUCAGCGUGAUUGCCCCCAUCUGCGCAGAGCGCGACGAAGACGGGAUCGACGUCUACUUCCUCAACAACAAGAAGAUCUGGAAACACCAGCGCACGGCCGGUCACAUCAUCGAGAUCUUCCAGGAUGCCAAGCCAGGCGGGCAGACCUUCACGGGCAAGCGCCUCUACGAGAUGCUCACGCCGUACCUGGCGCGCUACAAGAAAUACCCUGCCAACACCAAGCCCGUAAACAUCAUCGUCGUCACCGACGGCCAGGCGCACGAUGACGUCGCAGGGACUAUCCAGGACGUCGCGAAGAAGCUGGAUCGUUGGGAGGCCCCUCCCUGGCAGGUCGGUAUCCAGUUCUUCCAGAUCGGAAAUGAUCCUGAGGCGAGGAAUAUGCUCAAGCAGCUCGACGAUGAGUUGGCUGGUAGCGAUGACCUGAGGGACAUCGUUGACACGGUGCCGUUUACGAGCGAGGCUGGCGCGCAGCUGUCUGCGACGGGCAUCAUGAAGGUGGUGCUGGGGAGUGUGAAUCGCCGCCUCGACCGGAACUCUAAGGAAUUACACCGGUGACGCCGGGACGUCCUGCCAUACUCCAUCCAUGUUUGGUCCCAAGGGAUAUCUUCGACAGGCAGAGGGUGGCCGUGCAUGUCACCCAGCACUCUCUCUCUCUCUCUCUCCCUUUUUUUUCUUUCAAUACGUGCUUUUUUUCUUCUUUUUUCCUAUCUCAUUGGUCGGCGUUCACGUUUGGGCUGGGAUGCACGCAGACUGCGUGUGGUGCUACUGCAUGGGCAGCCAGCCUUGGGUGGGUCAGUUGCUUUGCUGUGCAAUGAAAAUACCCGAUUAUCACCACGGUUUUCAUGAUUGUCACGGCUAUCCCGGUUCUGUCACGGCCGGAAGGGAUAUCCUGCAUGCAUUAGAUUCGCCAGCUCCUUCAACGGAGCCAUUUAUAGAAGAGCCUCGUCCUCCGUGGAUGCUCGCUUGUGUACUACAAACAUACGAUAGAUGUCUAUUGAAUCGAAAGGACCAAUUGGAG